AUGUAUGUAGAUAAUGCAUUGGUGCUAUGGAAAGGGAAAGAGAGUGAGUACAAAAAUAAUUUAGCACUAAUAGUAGGCAUUGAUCUUUCUGGCAAUAGAUUAGUUGGAAAAAUUCCUGAAGAAAUCUCGAGCCUUGUAGAAUUGAAUUAUUUUAACUUAUCGAGAAAUAAAUUGAAUGGACAUGUCAUUCAAAAGAUUGGUGAGUUGAAAAUGCUAGAAUCUCUCGACUCGUCUAGAAAUCAAAUUUCUGGUGAGAUUCCUACAGGCAUCACUCGUUUAAAUUUUCUUGCUGUCUUGGAUUUGUCAAAUAAUAACUUGUCCGGAAAAAUUCCAUCAAACACUCAAUUGCAAAGCUUUGAUGCCUCUGCAUAUUCUGGAAAUGAUGAACUUUGCAGGCUUCCACUUCCAAAUGAGUGCCCAGGAGAUGAAACAACUAUGGAACCUUCUGUCGGUAAAGAUGAUAUCAUUCAAGGAAAUGAGGAUGGGUUCAUAAACCGAGAAUUUUAUGUCAGCAAGGGGCUAGGUUUUGGGGUUGGAUUUGGUGGUCUUUGGCACUUUAUUGCUCAAACGUUCAUGGGAACAUGUCGUUUUCAAGUUCUUGAACAACAUAAAAGAUUGGAUCUAUGUGACAACAACAUUGAAUAUGGCCAGAUUGAGGAGGCGGGUUCAAAUCUAAUAGCGGCGAAUAUGGCCAGAGUGUGGAGGCAGCUUCAUAGCUAA